AUGCCGCCCCCUCCCUCGCCCACUAGGAGGACAAAGAGCAAAGAGAGUCUGAGGAUUGUGGAGCGCUUCAUCCUUCUAGAAUCUGACACCAGGCGGAUUGUUUUUGACGUGUUUAAAUACAGCACAAUUUUGGGGAAAAAAUUCUGGAGUCCUCCCCAGCCCAGCAGAGCCCCAGCCAUAUCAAGCAAGGAGCAGAAAGAUACAAAGAGAAGUGUCAAGCGCCCAAAGGUUGAUCAGAAUCUCCUAUCAGAUAACUUGCAGAACCCAGAUCCAGCCUCUGAAGAAAUCAUGGGUCAAGCAAACAAUCCGGUGGUUGAUAGCAGUGAAAUGGGCAGCUGUUCCUCAGAAUCAAACAUGCAGGAGGCCAGGGAGUCUGUCCAGAAGAGGAUAUGGAAUUUCAAAGGUGUGUUUGAGCAGGUGUUAAAAUGGUUUGGCAGUAGUGGUCAUUCAUCAAAGCGUGAUGCCCCUACGCCUGUAUUCCUAGCACUUAGGAGGUGGAGAUGGGAGAACCCGGAACUGGAGGUCGCCCUUGCUUACCUCUCAGGUGACAUUAUCUGGUCCUUUCUGGCAAAGAGGAAGCAGUUUCAAAGGGAUAUACAUGCCUCUUUCAGAAGGCUGAAUGCAAACCUCCAUUGUAUUUUCAAAGCACAAAAGAAGUCAAGGCAAGAACUUCACGCCACACACUCCCAGAUAUUUGAGUCCUUACAGCAGAGGUGGCUAGACGAUGUGGAAAGAACAAUGGAGUAAAAAGAACACCUUGCUCUUAUAACUUGGAAGCAGAUGAAGAUUUUACAGAAAGCUAUAGGGGAUCAUGAAACCAAGAUUGGAAACACUAAAGAUUUAUGUGACACAUUUUUGAAGGUCUGGUAGAUUGCACUUG